GACGGUCUCAACGCCCCCCUUUGAAACCAAAACACACACACACACACACACACACACACAAAGAAACAGCUUUCUUUUUGCAGAUAGAAAGGGAAGAAAUUACCCAAAAAAACAAAAUUUAUGGCUACACUCUCUUAUUCCUCCUAUCUCCGUCUUCUUCUUCUCUAUUAAUUAGAAAACUAACUGUUGAAAUUUUUUUAUUAAAAGUACAUAAUUGCUGUUGAAGGGAGGGGAAAUGGAGUUUGAGGAUCAAGAAGAGCAGGAAGAAGAGAUGGGUUUGACACCGAGUUAUGACUCGCUGGGAAACUCGUCUAGACUCAAAAUGUCAGGUGUUGAACCUGGUUCAGUAACUCCAACGGGUCAGCAGCAGCAGAGGAAGCCUAGGUAUAGGGAGUGUUUGAAGAACCAUGCGGUGGGGAUCGGCGGUCACGCUCUCGACGGUUGCGGUGAGUUCAUGCCGGCUGGAACUGAAGGCACCCUCGACGCUCUCAAAUGCGCGGCUUGUAACUGCCACCGUAACUUCCACCGCAAGGAAUCUGAGCUUGGCUCCCCAAACUCCAUCCACACCACGGACCUCUACUUCCAUCACCACCACCACCACCAGCCACCGCAAUUUGCGCCUUACUUCAGAGCACCAACAGGGUACCUCCACGUUGCCGGACAACAAAGGCCAUUAGCUUUACCAUCAACCUCAGGAGGAGGAGGACACAGCAGAGAAGAUCAAGAGGAUGCUUCGAAUCAAGGAAGCUCAAGGAAAAGGUUUAGAACAAAGUUUACGCAGGAACAAAAGGAGAAGAUGCUGAGUUUGGCUGAGAGACUAGGGUGGCGGAUUCAGAAACAUGAUGAAGAGAUUGUUCAACAGUUCUGCAACGAAACUGGGGUCAAAAGGCAUGUUUUGAAAGUUUGGAUGCAUAAUAACAAGCACACUCUUGCAUUGAAGCAAAGUGGAGACAUGCAAUGCAAUGCAAUGCAAGAGGCAUGAUGAAAAUGGAAGAGCAUUGAGACAAAAGAAGGAAGAACCGGUGAAGCAUGAUCUCCCUUUGGAGACCGGGAUUUUAUAUAUAUAUAAACAUAAGAUUACUUAAUUUCCUCUACGUGUGUGUCUCUGCAUUUUUUUCAAGUUAAUGUUCUUUUUCUAUCAGUCUUUAUUUCAUCAAAUCCUGAAUGGGAGCCGUGGAGCUUGUUGUUUGAGGUAUCAUGGAUGGCGUCAUGGCAUUUAAUGUAUGCGGUUCUUUUCUUGCUUGCUUUUUUCAACAUUGAUUCUCCUUCUUCCAUUCAAUGUAGAUACCCUCUAAGCCUUUUUUUUUUCUUUUCUUUUUCUUCACAGCACUUUGCCUUCGUUGUUGCACUUCUUCUUCUUCUUUUUCUUCUUUUUCUUCUUCUUCUUCUUCUUCUUCUUCGGUCUUCACUUUCUUUUUCUGCUGUUUCUUUUUUCCCUAAGGCAUGGGUACAGUUUGCCUUUAAUGUUGAAGCAAACAAUGGUUUAUAAUCAUGGGGCCUCCUUUUGUU